CAGUCGGAUUCUUUGUGUCAGUCGGUCUCCGGAUCGGUUGCCAAUCAGUUGACGUGUGACGUGACCCCGCGAGCGAACCAUGCUGAACGGAAAGUUCUACACGGGCCUGCCCCCGAAGAUGGUGGAGCGGCGGGGGGCCAAGGUGUAUGACCGCCAGGAGUCGCACUUCUUCUGGCCGGACGACUCCCAGCUCGACUCGGCGGUCGAGACGCGGGUGAAGCGACGCAACAGCCUCCAGCUGGAGCCGUCGCGACCGGGCCAAGGCUCCGCCAUCCAGGCAUCCAGGCUCCCUUCCACACAGAAUGCGGCACCCGAUGUGGACACUCGCCGCAUGUUCCACAAGGAAUUCGCCAGCUCCUCCAUCGAGUUCUACGACAACCUGCAGCCGAGCAGGGAUAACCGUCCCUCGGUAAGGCGCGGCAUGCGCCAGGAGGUGACCCCAAAGCUGACAGAGGUUUCGCCCUACAGGGGCAACCUGCCGUUGCUAAGUGCCCACCCGGAAGAGGACACCACCGGUGAGCGGCGCAAGCAGGCGUACAGCUCCAAGAUCCAGUUCUACGAUUACGUCAACCAAGACGACUGCCACACGCCCACCCAGAACAACGCCAGGCGGCCCAAAAUGGACAUGAACGACAAACGCGAGGUGGAGCUCAACUCCAAGAACAGCCCCAAGCUCCAGGUGAAGCGGAAUGUGCGCAGCCUCAGCGUGGAGGUGGAGCCGAAGGUCACAAAGAAGCCGCUGAACGACAGCCGUCACGAGUGGCAGCCGGAAAGCCGGCGUCGCCCCGUCCUGCCACUGCCACUUGGGCCAGGGCCCAAGCGAAUACUCAAGCAGUCUCCGGCCGAGGAUCUGGACUGGAUGGACAGCGGACUCCGUCGGCUGCAGCUGCGCAGUCCUGGGCUGCGAAAGAAACAUGUCACCUACAACGAGGAGGCCGAUGAGUAUGCCUACUAUGAUGACAGGGACAGGGACAGAGACAGAGAUGAGGCACCACUGCCGCCAACAGAGGGUCGCCGUCAGCAGCCAAACACGCCGACCGGAAGUCGGGAACAGUCAGAGCAGCGAUCGUAUAUGGAAACUAGUCGCACGAAGCCAUUAAAUAAUUAUAAUAAGAGCAUACAUACACACAAUAAUAACCACUCUGCCAGCAGCUCCAGCACACGGAAAAUCUUGCCGAAAUCAUCGCCAGAGGCGGAGACGGGGGAUGAGGCGGUAUCCCCCGACCCACGCAAACACCUGCGGAGCAGCCUCUGCUUCAACGGCGACGCUCUCAUUGUGGGCACCCAGUCGUCGUCUGCCGAUUCGCAGGCACGCCGAAGCUCGGCCCGGCAGCGGAUCAGCGUGGGAUUGCCAGACUGACAAAAACAGAGAGAGAGUGACAGAGAGAGAGAGAGAGUGGGAAGAGAGCGUGGAAUGCUUAUGUCAGUUCGCUGAUGGCAGGGGCAGGGUACUACAUUUACGAUCAUCUGCUAAACUUUGACUUCACCCACAGCGGAAUCAGUGCACGAACCAACCUUGAUCUUGACUAAUUUAUGAGCAGCAGCUCGCUGCGGUGCCCAGAUGUAUUAACUUAGUUAAUAAUGGAAAUAUAUGCUAAUAAACUGAUGUAUAACCCAAUGCAUAUCGAAUCGGCAAUUGGGCAACGCUCAAUCAGGCCCAGUUCGGCGGAUAA